UUUCCGGGUGUAAACUAACGUCUAAACCAUUUUUGUACGCCCAUUUCUAAAAAAAACGGUACGAGUGCAGGCAUCAACCUUCAACUUCAACUUCUCAGCUACCGAAGGCUCUCGCACGCCACAGAUUCUCGAACCACAGAUGCUAUUAAUAUUCAUGGGACUGUUCAUAAAAAUAAUCUGUGAGUGAAAAAAAAUGGCAAUCGAAAUGAAAUCUUGUUACUAAAUUAAUCCAACAAAUAAAUUGCUUUAAAUCUGAAUUCCUGAAUUAAGUGUUCCUUUUUUAUGCUGAAUUAAUAAAGAUGCAUUAAACUUAAGUCUAAAUUCAACAUAAAUCUGUGGAAAAAUUCUGGAAUUAACGAUGAAAAUGGUGGUGCAGAAAAACUGGAACAAUGUUGAUACAUCGCAUCAAAGCACAUCGGUGGAGGACACAGCAACAACUACAUGGACCUUCCAAGUUCCGUCGAAGACUCCGGCGGCACGGCCUGCAUCUGCUGGCAAUGCCCAAGCUGAAGAGAAGCAGCAAGUCACAAGGCAGCUAGCUAUAAACACACUGGCAGCAAUGCACCGCCGGUUUAGUCUGCCAGGGCCCGUGCAGCCUCAUUCCCGACCCAUCGCCGAGUUCCGAGCAAGUGCCAACAAGUCCUUGGACAUGUUGCGCCAGACUAUCCAAUCUGCUGUCACUCGUGAAAUUGAUCAAGUCAUCAAGAAGUAUUUAGAGAAAUUCUUUGUCCCUGCUGUUAACAACAUUCGAUUGAAUCUUGGGGAGGAGUCAGUCAGUGAGGAUCAGGUGCGUGCCGUCUGUCGAGCCAUGCUGGACGCGACUCGUCUCCUGUACUCCACGCCGCCGCGCAUUGCACAGUCCCCAUUUGACGGCACAGACGAAACAAGUGCCGACACGAAGUUUGGCAAACAAUUACAGAGUGCAUUGAACAAGCGUAAAGAAGCAGACGAUUCUGACGGCGCCAGUAAGCGUAAGAAAAUAAAGCAAGAGGAAGGAUCAGAGCUCGCCACCCAGUCCCCGCUGCCCCCAUUCAGGGACCCUGAGAAAUGGAACCCGGCGCGACUCACACAAGAAACACUAUUUAUCAUGGGGUCCCAUGCACACAAAGUCCUCGGUCUGGGCAACUCGCGCGGCCGUCUCUACACGAGGCACGCGGGCCUGCUGCGCUACCCGGCCGACAGCUCCGACAAGGAGUGGAUCGCCAGCCACAACCUCGUCAACGCUGUGGGCGGGAAGACCUACAUUAUGGUAUUAGAAGACAUUGAGGAGUUGGCUACAAGCGAGGCCUACCGCCACAGUUCUCUACCAAUGCUCGGAGAACUAACAGGCUUUAAAGUUCCUAUGUUUAUGCUCAAGAAAAUCAAGACUUAUGUAAUGAAGAGAGUUCUUAGCGGUGAAAUAAGCAACCCGUCUAGUCCCCAAACCACUAACGGCCUUGUGCAACAAGAUGAUGUAAAACUGGAGAAUAUUAUCAAGACCGAGCCAGAGCAUGAUGAGUAUGAUGCGGUGUCAGCCUCAGAUAUGAUCAGCAGUAUUAACCCUGAUAACUACACGGAUGUGCUUCCCGGCAUGCCCUUCAACAAGGAUGAUUCUGACUUUGCCGACAUAAAAAUGGAUGGAAUCAAAGUUGACAUUGAUGAUAUUAAAGUUGAAGGGAUCAAGGAAGAAGAUUUAGAUGACAUAAAAGUAGAUGGCAUCAAAGUUGAGGAUUUGGAUGUAGACAGCAUUAAAGUGGAAAACAUUGAAGAUUUAAAGGAGGAAGAUAUAAAAUUGGAGAAUGAUGAUACACUGUCUGUCUGCAAGCAAACUGAAGAUGAACAGAGCAACUUAGUUGACGGGUUACUUGAUGCUGAUAUAGAAUUUCUCAGCAGAAAUUUGGGGAAUAUUGAGAGUGAUGCUGAUGCCAGGAAAACUAUUGAGAAGUUAACAGGGGCUAAUCCCGAUACGCUUACCCUUGUUGGGGAUGAAUUUGACUUGGGAUCUACGCUGAACGCUAAUAACUUCACAGACAACCAAACCACCAAGUGCAUCACCGUAGCGUCAACCACAAGCGGCAUGAUCCACAGCGUGCCGGUGGCUCACUUGGCCCCUCCGCGUAUCACAGGCAGUACGGUCCACUACUAUAGUGCGCCGCAGGGCAGGACCGUGCACCAUCUGCCGCAAGCCACUGUGACCAUACAGAGCAUACCGGGGACCACGCAGCAGAUGAUACGCGGUAUACCGAUCAACACGAAAUCCGGAACCUUCAGCACAGUGAUGUCGCAAGGCACGGCCAGCAUCAUCGGCUUCAACCGCGGGCUCGGCGGCGCGCAGUACCUCAACGUCACCUCCAAGUCAUUCCCCACCGGGAACAUACUACACAACGCCAUCGUCUCACGCAACCUGCUCAAUAGAACCACCCUCGCGACCGCCGGGGUCACCUACAGCGUCACCACGGUACGCCCCGUCAUACACACCACUCCUGCCAAACCAAACGACUUCGACACCAUCGCCACAACCAAAGACAUGAUCGACAACGCCUGCAACUCUUCCGUUAUGCUCAAAAAGGUAUUAACUCUAGGCAGCUCCGGCGCUACUAAGUCUUUCAUGAUGCAUAACACGCAAAAGGUUUUGUCGACUGGGUUCGCUAACGGUGUCACUCCGCCGCCUAAUGUUACUAUUGUGAGUACGGGCAAUAAUGGCACUAUUACCAUCAACAAUGGUAAUGCAACUAAUGCCACUAAUGUGGUGAGUCCUACGACAAGCACGCUAAGCGCGACCCACGCGACUUUGUCGGCUUUACUCACCUCCAAUGUGGAUGUUCCUCAGUUGAAGAAGAAUUAAGCAAUAAAUAUUCCAUUUGGCCUUCACCGCAGCCGCAAAUAUACAACGAUGAAUGACUGAUUGGUAGCGACUUAAGUUGGGCCAUCAAAGUUACGAGUGUGUAACUAAAACAUGCCACCCCUAAGACUCAUUACGAUGCAGUCUAAACCCCACCGGCUGUCCGAUGGUAUAGUACCUAUAUAACCUUCACAUAGUAAAGGGUAGAAUGUGCCAAAUCUCAUUGUUAGAAUAUACUAUUAAUCUAUCUUUGAUCUCAAUAUUAGUUGUGGUAGUAGUUCGUGAUAUUCUCUUUCCUUCGUCUUAGUACAAAGAUCGACGCUCUUUUCUCAUAUUACGGGUAAUACCUAUAGUUAUUAUGUUAUUUCCCAUGUAAAGUGUAUUUUUAUCAUAAUAUUAAGCUCACGAGAGUCACAUGUUUUCAAUAACGAUAAAAACUUAUCUUACAUAAAACUUGAUGAAUUACCAUCUAAAUAACAUAAAGUUCCACAUUAUUCGUAUAAACUUAAACUAACUAUAUAUUUUAUGAUCAAUUUAUUGAAUCUCUAUGACAAUGUUCUAAUCGUUAGGGAUUAAUUAUAAGUCAGUGAGCAACUAGUUUUAAUUAUUUCAUUUGGUACCUGCUUAUACUUAUACAAGCUAGUGAGUACUUACAUCAGGUGAGCAAAUACCUCUUAAAUCUAUUACUUACAUAAUAUACUUACACAUUAUGUUAAGUCUUUAAUCUCAAAGCUCUGUGAUUAUAUCUUUCCAUUUUAUCAUAUUAUUAUAGGUACAUAUUUUUUGG